AUGGAGAACAAGGCGGCAGCUGCGGUGGCCGUGGUGCCAGAGGCUCUGUCCCUCGAUGCGUGGGGCCUCACCCCACCUGUCCUGGUGGCCCUCCUCGUUGUGGCCUUUGUGACUGGGGCUCUGCUCGCCCGCUUCUUCGGGCGCCCUUCGGCUCCUCCCGCCUCCAGCGUUCCAUCAUCAGCCACCCCCAAAGAUGCCAAAAGCAAAAAGGCGGCAGAAGAUGAGAGCGAAGAUGAGGACAGCGAAAGUGAAGAUGACAGCGAAGAUGACGAAGAGGAUGACGAUGAAGAUGAGGACGAUGAGGACGAUGAUGGAGAGGAGCACAAGAUGGUGCUGUGCGUGCGAACGGAUCUCAAGAUGCAGCGGGGCAAGGUGGCCGCCCAAUGCGGACACGCCGUGCUGGGGGCGUACCGCGAGGCACGGCGACGAGGGCGUAGCGGCAAGGAGGACCAGGAGGUGUGCAGGGAGGCCCUGCGCCAGUGGAGCCGCCAGGGCCAGGCCAAGAUCGCCCUCGCCAUCCCCGACGAGGCCACGAUGAUGGAUCUCGAGGCAAAGGCUCGCGCGCGCAAGCUGCCCACCUACAUCGUUGCCGAUGCAGGCCGCACCCAGAUCGCUGCUGGCAGCCUCACCGUCCUCGCCAUCGGCCCCGGCCCUAAGAGCAAGCUGGACGAGGUGACGGGCCACCUCAAGCUCUUCUAG